GGAAGGGUGCGUGUGUGAGUGUGUGUUUCUGGGUGUGUGUAGUUGGCGAGGACAGCGCUGCCACGAAGGAUAACUGGAGAUAAAGCAUAAAGCAGUGUUGGACGUUCUCCAUUCUCCCAGUAGGAAACGCUUAGACAACCUCAAUGACAACCAGAUGUGCUGCAGAAGAAAGGAAAGAACACAGGAGAAGAAGCUGAAAAACUGCUUGUCUCUUAACACCUCCCAUGAUGAAGAAGAUUGCCAUCCUGCUGUGUCUUUGGGGCCUUUCACUCUCCAGUGCCCAGCUGACAGAUGGGGAGGAGGGCGGCGGUGAGGACGAAGUGGUUGACCUGUUUACCACCCCACGCACAAAGCUGGCCGCUGCCACGUCCGACUUUGGCUACAACCUGUUCCGUCAGCUGGCUGCCCGUGACUCAAAGGCCAGUGUUCUCCUGUCCCCGAUGAGCAUUUCAGCAGCCUUCACACAGCUCUCCAUGGGAGCAUCAGAGCGUGCAGAGAAGCAGCUGUACCGAGUCCUGCGCUACCACUCCUUGCGGGAUACCCAGCUUCAUGACACUCUGCGAGAUCUGCUGUCCUCUCUCAGAAGCUCUGCUAAGGGCUUCAGCUCUGUAGAGCGCCUCCUACUGGCCAGAAGACUACGCCUGAAGAUGGAAUACCUCAAUGCUGUGGAAAAGCAAUAUGGGGAACGCCCUCAGACACUCAUGGGUGGAGCCAGAGACCUUAAAACUGUCAAUGAUUGGUUCAAACAGCAGACAGGUGGUAAGGUGGACCGUGUCCUUGCUACUGCCCUCCCUCGCAACUCAGCAGUGGUGCCUGUGGGAGCUGCCCAUUUCAAAGGGAAAUGGACAACCAGGUUCAGUCAGGCAGGUAGGAUGGAUGAGUUCCAGUUGGAUGGCCAGGCACCAACUCGCGUCUCUGUGAUGCAAGAACAGUAUUACCCUGUGAAGAUGGGUAUUGACUCGGACCUUGGCUGCACGAUAGCUCAGGUUCCCAUGGAGGAUGGUGUGAGCAUGUACUUCUUCCUGCCUGAUGAGGUGACUCAGAACUUUACUCUGAUUGAGGACGCCUUGACAGCAGAGUUUGUUCAGGACCUGGCCAACACUCUUCACCCAGUUCAGGUGCAGCUCACCCUGCCUGUGCUCAAAUUCUCCUAUAGCACAGACCUGCUGGGCCUUCUGUCUGACCUCGGCAUGUCUGAAUGGAUGGAGGAUACAGACCUCAUCAAAAUCACUACCCAGGCAGUCAAGAUGAGCACAGUCCGUCACAAAGCCGUCAUAGAGACGGCACCAGAGGGUAGCCAGUAUGCCAGCACUGCUCCCUCUGGUAGAGUCCAGUCAUUGGCCCUUUCUUUCCAUGUGAACCGUCCCUUCCUCUUCCUGGUGCGAGACGAGCCCUCAGGCGCGCUCCUGUUCAUUGGAAAGAUCUUAAACCCUCGUGACCUGGCAAGUGUAUGAGAGCAGCACUCACACAGACACACACGUAUGUAAAUGUUGAUAUACCACAGAGCUCCAUGCCUCUAUACUCAAACAGUGGGUUUAAGAUGCCAACAUGAAUAGCACAGUUCAAUUCCAAGUUUUAUGGCAUUAACAGCAUAUGAAUAGCCAUUUGCAACGAAUUUACACCACUGUUCUGCCAAAGCAGAUUUAUAUAUGUAAGAGAUACCACUCAUACAUAUUCAUGCAUAUAUUCUAUUAAAAAGGCCCUUUUUUGGCAACACAUUUUACACUCAUGUCUAUACACUCAAGCUAAGAUGUGCAAAUUCCCAAUUCACUCAGAAAAGACAAAUCCUCAGUUAAAAUAAAGGACAUGUUCCAUUUUAUAGAGUUCUGGUUAGCAGUAAUAUUGCAGAACACCUUUUUUUUUACUAUUGUUUUACUAUUACUAUUGUUUUACUCUACCAACAUACUGAAGAUCUCAAGAUUGAAAUACUAUUAUUUUUUUGUUCUGUUUCUACAUUAGAAAUAUUUGGCUUUUACCUUUCAGUGUUUUAUUAAGUAUAUGAAACAAGAUGUAAUCCCAAUCAUAUGCAUAUGGAAAACUUUUGUCAGUGACUGACAAUCCCCUUUGUAUAUUUACCAGCAGGAAUUAUCUGAAUUUGUAUAUUGAGAUGAAUAAAAAAGUCCAAAAA